UUGUUUUUUAGUUUGUUUUUGAACUGUUGUGUUGAACUUUCAUUAUUCUUUUAUAUAUAGAAGGUUCAAAAGUAAUAUUGUUUAGUUUUAUCGUUUAACUUGUCAUAAGAUAUAUUGUUUGGUUCAAUGUUUUUACUAAUUAAGAAGUAAAACACUUCUUCAAAGCUUAAAGAAAAUAUGUAUGAUAAUUUGAAAGAUCCGGUGUUUCUAAAUGAAUUGUCAAAGAGAAUUGGUCGUGACUGGAAAAUUCUAGGGCGCCAUUUAUCAAUAAGUGAAAAUGAUCUCGAAUUAAUUGACUAUACCAAUGAAAAGGUUCAAAUGAAAGCUUAUGAAAUGUUUAAAAAAUUUUUAAAAAAAAGCAUUACUUUUAAAGAUAUCCGUAAUACUCUGUUGGACAUGGAAAAGUCGGAUUUGGUUAAAGAAAUUGAUCGCCUCGCAAAAACAUCAGAAAAAGACAACUCGAACUUAACUGGAGAGUUAGUAAGAGACAAUGCUCAGUUAUGUGGAAAGUUAGAAAGAGACAAUGCAGUUCAUAAGCGGCCAAUCAUGGAAAUUCGAGAGGAAAUAAAAAUUUUUAUAAAAAUAGGAAUGGACGCAAUUUUAAGUUUUAAUGCAAAUGAUAAAAUAAUAGAUUUAGGAGUUGCUGUUUUGCGAAAUGUAAUAAAUAUAAUUACAAAAGAACCAAGUUACAAAACAGAUGAAGACUUUUUGAAAAUGUUAAGAAGUUCAUAUGAAACUAUAGGAGAUAUUUACACCUCUAACUUCAAUUCAAAAUUUCAGGGAAAUAAUUACGAAAACAAAACCCAAGAAAAAUAUUAUAUAGCAAUCGAUGCAUACGAAAAAUGUUUCGAGUAUAAUCGCUACUUGUGUAUUCAUUUUGGUUAUAACUAUGAGAACAUUUUAAAUAAAUUAGUAGAAAAGCUAGAUAAACCUACUAAUUAUGGCUAUAAUGUCUCAGUGAGAGACGCUUCAAAGUAUGAAAGGUAUAAUAACCAGUAUAAAUCUGGAAAUUUAUAUGAAAAAGGAAAAAGUUGUCUGCAAGAUAAAGAUUUUGAAAAUGCCAUUUUUUUUUUUGAAAAAGAAAUAAGUCAGCCUUGUUGUUUAGAUACUCAAGGAAGUUCAUAUAUACAAGUUGCAAUGAUAUUGCAAUAUUACCACGAUAAAACAAAGCAAACUUUUUACAAAUCAAUAGAGUAUUACAACUAUGCUAUUGCUAUUUUUUCAAACGGAGAUGAAAUUAAUUGCGCUGGUGACCUAAUAGACUGUUUCUUUCAUUUAUACAGAUUAUUAUCUAGCCCAGAAACUUUCAAGUUUGAUUCAAGUUGGGCUAAUGAAAACAAGUCAAAAGAAAUAUUUGAUUUAAAAGAACAAUAUAUAAAUGAUAAAGCUGAUCGUCUUUAUAUACAAGCUAAAAUAUAUGCGUGUAAACGGUUCUCUUGGAUGAAUGACAGAAAAGAAAAUCUAGAUCCUGAAAAAGUUUUAGAGUAUUGCAGAAGAGCAUUACAAGCUAGUGAUAAAUCCGUUACUAUCAAAACAAAAAUAAAUUUUCUCAUGGCGUACACGUACAGCUCUCUGAUGGUCGAAAAAGACUUAAACUGCUAUCAAAAUGCCAUUGCUUGUUGCCAGGAUGCACUUAAGACAUACUUAAACAACAGUAACCAAGAGUAUGCAGAACGUGUUGUUACUAAGUCUAUAACGUUAGCAUACUUACCUGAAACUAAAGGAUUUCAAAAUAUUUCUACAGAUGACACUAAGCCUCUGAGAGAUCUUUUAGAAGAGAUUUGCAAUUCAAACAACUAUAAAAUUAAUGGUUUUAAAGAAAUGUGGAAAUCAUAUAACUGCCUAAACAUCCAAGAUAUUCAUAUAUGUGACUCCUUUUUAUUAGAAAGGCAAAGUAGUCUAUUUAGAGAUAUGAUAAACGACAAAAGUAUAGCAAAAAGCAAAGAGUACAAAGAUAGUAUUGAGGAAGAAAAGGAAAUUUUUAAUACAACAAAAACGAGGCUUGCGCAUAUUGAGAAGAUUCCGCAUUUGUAUUGGUAUUAUUAUGCGUUUCAUAAAACAUUAAGCGACUGUUAUCAAACUGCCGUUUUAGUGAAAAGCGGAAAGGUUGUUUUAAACAAAAGUACUGUAAGCAGUAUGGUAGCAUCGCUUAUACUUGGGAUUGUUCCUUUUAUCCCUAAACUUGUAGAGGAAACCAUAACCAAAGUUUUGGAAUUUUUGGAGUCCGUAGAAAUGAUUCAGGCUGCAAUUAAUACAACUAAACUUGCCGUUAGCCAAACUCAGUUCGAUAAUAUGGUUAUGGAUAUUAUUGUAAGCAUAAUUUUUGAAAAUCAAGAUUUAAUUUUAGCAAAAAAAUCUCAAAAAAAAGUCGCAAUGAUGUGGUAUAAUGAAUUCAUCACCUUUUGUAAAAAAGUUUCCAAUAAAUUUGAUGAAAAAAUAUACGGUAAUGAAUAUCCAGAAGACAUGCAUAAACUAGGAAAUAAAGAUGCUACUAAAAUUAUUUCUAAUUGGAUUUCAAACGGAUUUAUUUAUGGGGGAAAUAAUGGUGCUUCUUUGCUUCCAAACAAUAUAAAACAGCGACUAAAAGACGCAAUUCAUAAAGAAGUUUUGGGAAAUGAUGUUACUGAUGCUGCUCAUGAUGUGACUGAUGCAGUUGUUUUGUUUGAAUCAAAUGAACCAGAAAAAAAGAAGUGUUGUUGCUGUUGUUGUUGCUGUAAACACUGUUGUUGUUGUACGCUGAUGUAAAGAAUGUUUUGGUUUAAAAAAAGAAAGUACUCUAAUGUAAACUCUGGUUGUGACUGUUUAUACUAAUAAUUUUACACUAUGACAUUAAUAGUUAAUAGUAAUGAUUUCAAUUUAAUUGUUUAGGUAAUAAGUGUUUUGUUGAUGAAAUUAUGGUUUCGCUUAAUAUGCAUAGUUAAUUAUAAUUAUUUAUAAUGUUUUA